AUGGCGAGCGAACUCAAAGACCAGGGCGGACUCGCCGAGAUCGCGCGCAAGCUCGAGGCGGCCAGACGCGCGGGCGAUGCGAGCGCGGUGAAGGAAACGACGCCACUCGCGCUCACGCGCACGCGCGAGACGUCCACGCCGAUGCUAGAUGUUAAGGAGGAGAAAGAGGCGAAGCGGGCGAAGAAGCUGAAGAAGGACAAGGCGGAGAAGAAGACGAAGAAGCUGAAGAAGGAAAAGAAAGUGAAGAAGGAAAAGAUAUCAAAGAGAUUGAAGACGCCUAGCGAGCGGAGCGAGAGUGAGAGCGAGAGUGAGGAGAGAGCUGAGACGAGGGAUCGAAAGAGACGGACGGAGACUGGGUCCAGCGGUGAGGAGGAGGAGGGCGACGAUAACGAGAGCGUCGAUGACGACGACGAGAGCGAAAGCGAGAACGAUGACGCGAGGCAGAAUGAGCCAGAGGGAGAUGUGAGCGAAGAGUUUGCUCGCGCGCGGGCGACGGUGAGACAGGCUUUGGAACGAUUCGGGAACGUCGAAUGCCUCGAUGAAGAGUUGCGUCAGAAGCACGGGAAAUCUGAAGCCGUGGAGAAGGCGUGCAAGACGCUGGGCAUGCAGAUCGGGGCGCUGAUUAAAAAGACCUUGCGAAAAAAUCUCUCGCUCAUGGGCGCCAGGGAUAACUUACUCGCGACGAGUCUGUCGUUGGAAGACGAUUUGCGUCCUAGGAAGUCGACGGAUCCGUUGGUUGACAACAUGGACCCCGCAAACUUUCAAUGCAGAAUGUGGGACUCCAUCGCAAAGCACGACAACGUUGUUUUUGGUCGAGCGCAGGCGGCGAUGGACUCGGUUGAGAACAGACAAUCUACAUCUGCGACCACUGAAGGUGAGGACGAGACGGCGUUUGCCAAGGUGUACAGAGAUGCAUUCAUCGAAGCUUAUGGCGAUGACAUCGAGACGCUGAGAAAGGAUGAAAAGACAAACGUGAGUGUCAUCUUGCGAGCGAUCCAAAGCGGCGUCGACAUCGUACCAGAGCUCCAGAAGCAGCUCCAUCUUCAAUGGUCGACGCUCAGCGCGAGACAGCAGCCGAAGGAGUCUACGGAGUAG